GCGCAUGCGCAGUGCAGCGGCCGUGGCAGUCAUGGCGGGCUCGGUGCGGGCCGUGGCGCGGCGCUUCCUGUCCGAGUACGGCGGCGGCACCGCCGGGCGCCUCAAGGCGCUGGACGCCUUCCUGCUCUACGUGCUGCUCACGGGCGCGCUGCAGUUCGGAUACUGCCUCGGCGUCGGCACCUUCCCCUUCAACUCCUUCCUCAGCGGCUUCAUCUCGGCCGUCGGCAGCUUCAUCCUGGGCGUUUGCCUCCGGAUCCAGAUCAACCCCCAGAACAAGGGCGAGUUCCAGGGCAUCUCCCCCGAGCGGGCCUUUGCUGAUUUCCUCUUUGCCAACACCAUUCUCCAUCUCGUCGUCAUCAAUUUCGUUGGCUGAGCUCUGGGAGAGCCUGACAGGUCUUGAAGUGCUCCUGAUGGCAAAGCCUGGCAUGGGGAGGUGCCCAGCACACUCUCACCUUCUUCCUUGGUGGAGGAAGGGAUGCAGGGCUCAAGAUUUCCCCCCAGAGUGUCCUGUGGAGGGGUCUGCAGCCUCAUUGUGUAACUGUGAUCCUUUCCAUCAAUAAAACCCUUUAUCACACUGCAGCCUUUUCCAUACUGGGGACAAAUACAGAGCUUCUCCUGCAUCCA